CUGCUUUGAAUUGGCAGAAAAAUAAGAGGAAGUUCUGCUGAAUGUUGUAUGUAUUAUUCAAAACCAUGUUCAGUUACAAGGAUAACCCAGGUGGAUAUUUCAGACUUGGUGCGAAACAAAUCUUAGUGCUCAAGGCUGCUAUUCUGAGGAAAAAAUGUUGUUUUCCACUGCUAAGGAAGGAAUAAUGGCUGCUUUUGGGUUUUAAGAGGAAUUAUUUCAUUUCAGCUAUGGAGAUGAGUGCUCUCUGCAGGGAGAAUUAAGAACUUGUGUUAGAAAAGACACUUGUUCAUUUCUUCGAACCCUAAAGAAAAAAGUAAACGGAAAUCGCGGAAAUAAUUAAGAAGUAUGGAUUUGGACGAUAGAGGUGGCAAAAUAGGCAAUGUGAUUGUUAUAGGAUUCUCUUUUGUUCUCAUUGCUUGUGUUAUUAUUGGCUUUGCUGCUUCUUACAGAGCUUCUCCAACACCUGGUGACGUCUCAGCGUCUCGAUUGUCACCACCACCUCCAGCUCCGGAUCUACAUUUGCCACAAAAUUCAUCGUCAGCAUCUUCAAAUAAAGCAUUGGCGUCAAACUUUCCUACCCUUGAAUCUGUUUGUUUGCAGACAGAUUAUGUUCCAACUUGCCGAACUUCUUUAUCAUACGUUACGAAUGGAAAAAACUCGACUUACCAAGAUUUUAUUGUUGCUGCUAUUAACGAAGCAAUUCAAGAUGUGAAUUUUGUUAAGGAUUUAUCGAAACAACUUUUAAGUGACAGCAACAUCGGAAUUGAUCAUCAGGCUCUAAAUGAUUGUGAUGAAUUGUUAUCAUUAGGAUUAUAUGAUCUUAAGGCUGCAGUUUCUGCAGCAUCUAAUAACUCGGAUUUGUUAGACACAAAUUCCGCUGAUAUCAAGAACUGGUUGAGCGCUGUCCUUGCGUAUCAAGAAGCUUGUAGCGACGGACUUAUGAACAAGGAUAGCAAAUUGGCAAUGAACAAUGCCCUCAAAAAUCCGAAACAGAAAACGAGCAAUGCUUUAGCUAUUCUUGAUUCGUAUUUGAAGAUCCAAACUCCACCUGAAAAUAAUAAUACAUCUCGAAUCCUGCUUAGCGACGACUAUCCGUCGUGGUUUUCGUUUGCAAACCGGAGGCUUUUAGAGGGGAAUGAGAGUAGUACACUGCAGCCUGAUGCUAUUGUGGCUGGUGAUGGAUCAGGGCAAUUUAGAACCAUUGGUGAAGCUCUAAAUUCAUAUAAAUUAAAUGGAAAUGGAUUAUAUGUUAUAUAUGUCAAGGCAGGAGUCUACAAUGAACAUGUAUUUGUUCCUCUGAAUCUUACCAAUGUGUAUAUGUACGGUGACGGGAUUGAUAAAACAAUCGUUUCCGACUCGAAACACGCUACAGAUGGAUUUCCAGCCUAUCGGACAGCUACUAUUGCUGUGCUUGGAGAUGGAUUUGUAUGCAAGUCGAUGACAAUACAAAACAGGGCAAAAUCGGAUAGAGAAACGGUAGCUCUCAGAAUACAAUCUGAUAAAGCAGCCAUCUUCAGGUGCAAGAUAGAAGGAUCAGAACGCUCAUUAUACGCAUUAGCUCAACGACAAUUCUAUCGAGAAUGUAUCAUUAUCGGAUCCAAAGACAUAAUCUUUGGAGAUUCCGCAACAAUAAUCCAAAAAUCUCAAAUUCUUGUCAGAAAAUCAUCCAAAUUAAAUAACUUUUACACCGUAACUGCACAAGGCAGGACAGAAAGAACCGAAACGACAGGAUUUGUAUUGCAUGACUGCAAUAUAACUCAAGAAACAGAAUCUUGGAAUAUUCCGACGUACUUAGGUCGGCCCGCCGGACGAUAUUCAAGAACCCUAAUUAUGCAAUCUUAUAUAGGAAAUGUGAUAGAUCCUGAAGGUUGGUCAUUAGGGUCUUCUAAGAGAGAAAAGAAAAUGUGUUUUGCAGAAUUAGAAAAUAAUGGACCUGGAGCUGAUACUAGAAAAAGAAUUAAAUCUGAAGGAUACGAGAUUAUUACUAAUAAUUCAGAGGCAGAAAAUUAUUUUCCAAGUAAUUUCAUUCAAGCAAAUUUGUGGUUAGGUCAAAUACAAGUGCCUUUUGAAGAUAAUCUUUUAUGAAGAUGCUAUUUAUUUAA